AUGCCGAACGGAGCCCGUCCCGACACCACCAACACCGGCUCCCGUCCCAUCGUCCGCCAACAGGAGUUCCCGAGCCGUCCCGAUACCACCCACCCCGGGUCCCAUCGUCGGUCGAUAAUGUUUUCGAUCCGGAUCGUUGAUUCGGUAACAUUUUCGCCCCGGUUUCCGAUUAUCUCUUAUAACUCCGGUUACCGACCACUCAGCACUGCAACCCGAUCGCGACUGCGCCCAACCAUUCCGGUAUCUACGGACUAUUGCGGAUCGAGCGCGACACCUGCGUCAGAUCCCUCGCGACGUUACCCCCGAUCCAGCCAUGAUGAAUUCUCGCCUCUUCCAAACAGCUCCUCCCGGAUUCCAGAGCUCGAGCUUCACGAUCUGUGGGAAUGCAGUCACUGCGGGCAUCUUACCCGGUCUCAGCGGAUAAGUAAAAGACACCAGGUUGCUGCACAUCGUGCUGACGGCCUUCCGUGGGCGCCUCGCCGCGUGCAAGGCCAAUCCUGGUUCCAAUCCAGCCGAUACCUGCGCUUCUGGACCACCGCGCCCGUGGACCAUGGUCGACCAGCCAGCAUGCCAGUGGAAACCACGGAAGAUCCGCCCUCCUCCUCGGCUGCUGACACAAUACUAAUAGGCGAGCCGGAGAUCGCUCCAUCCCAACUUGAUCCGGUCACAGGACAACCGGAGAAUCAAACCCAACGAACUACCGGUCCGACCGCUGCGACCCCUGGCCCCGAAGCCCGUAGACGCGGAGCCAAUAGAACGACCGACCACACCAUUGCAAACCCCACCCUGACUGGCAACCACACGGCCCGAUGGAUCCGGGAAAUUCAGCACCUAGAGGCUCGUGGGAUCCACCGACAGCACCCUGCGCAAGAGGCCCGUCCGGAUCCUCGGCUCUUUGUUUUUCAGGCCCGUCAUAUGGAGGACGAUGUCACACCAUGGCUGCUGCAGACCGACUGGCUUCGAUUCCUGGAUGGCCGUUAUCUUCGGGUGUUGGCCGAAGCGUCCGCGCCAGACCCUGGCCGGCUGCAGAGCCAUCCAGGUCUGCAAUCUUUCUGGCCAGGAGCGCUAUGGGACGAUAAGGAGUUAGUCCCAGAUGAGCCCGCAGGGAGCAUCCAGCAGAUGUCGGUCAACAUUUUAGACCUGGUUAUUGCAUCGUUUGACCGGGUCCUUAACCGAGCCCUGGACAGCUUAGCGUCCACCCAUCCGCCAAUCCGUCGUCUAUUCCGCAGCUCAUCGCAGACCGGUUUGAGUGCGGUGGAACUCGACCGGCAGCAGCCAAAGACGCUCCAACGCUAUCGCCGCGUAUGGCGGCGGUAUCUGGCCUGGAUGGUACGCGGAGCCCCUCUGACUGACCAAGAGCGCACGGAGAUCCUCGGCCUCCGGUUGGACAAGUAUGAGCGGGAGCAUCUCACCCGGAUCUGGGACACCCUCCAGGCAUACCUGGCUCAUCCGGAAGAAACCCUCGCAGCGGGCCACUUCCUUCAACGAAUGGAGCAAACUGAUGCUCGGCGGCAGGCAGUUAAGCGCGCCUAUGAUCGGGUAACCUGGGUGAACUCGCUGCAAUAUCGAGUCCUGUUCCCACACCUCAGACUACAUCAUCUACCACCACUGCCAACUCCCGGGCGGGUACCGCUGCCGUGCGCAAACGGCCGCGGCGAGAGCGUGACCCCGACACCAUUGCCACCACCAAUGCGCCGUGGCCAUCGCCGUACAGCCUCCCAAGCUCGAUUGUUAACUCCGACGAAGGCCUCCGGCACUCGACUCCGCGAUCCUCGUGUAGGCGGCAGUGUGUCUACCGGUGAGAACUCACCGGUCCCCUCACCGCGACGUGUUGAAAGAAUGGUUGCAGUGUGUAUCCCUAUAACUCCACCCUUGUCAUCUCCAGACGCUCAAUCCUCUCAAACCAGUGAAGAGAGUGAAUCGCAUUCGACCAAGAGUGGCUAUGUGGACAAUAACGUGGAUAUAGAUACCGCCUCAGAACCUGCGUGGUUAGGGAGCCCGGGGCACAUCCCCGGCGAGAUAAGCGACACCGAUUUGACAUCGAGUGAUUGGUCUGAUGAGGAGGAAGAAGACUUCCUGACCAGUACAGAAUCGCCGAUCCCGUCUAUGGGUGACGGCGCCGACCUAGAUCGAACGAGCCGGAGGGGCGUGCCUCAGCUUCCACCGGAAUGUCAGCGGUGGCUGGAUGAGAUGGUCUUUUCGCUCUGUAUAAGCAGCAUUAGCACUCGUGCUAUCCAGCAGACUGGCAACAAAUUUGACAGCAGUCUAGUUGCACUAACAGCCGUGCUUGCGAUUCACCCUGUCCAUCUCACUGUGGCCGGUCCAUAUAGCUACACCAGCGACCUGGCUGCCAUCCUCUGGAUUUCACGGCUGCUUCUGCUGGAGUAUGCACUGCCCGCCAAGCCAUACCACUUUAUUAAUGACGUGCCGGUCCGUGACCAGUAUCGGAACCGAGUCCGACGAGCCGCAGCGGUGCACUACACCUUUGGAGUCCGGCAUACUUUUUACCCACUGGAGGAGAUUUUACGGCUGACCGCCCAUGGGAUAUACCAGAUGUAUCACGAGGUGCGUCCAGCCUCGAUCACCUGGUCUCCGGACCAAGAGACAGUGUACUACCGGCAAAACCCCACUGGCUAUACCAUGACCAACUUCCGUCACUGGAUCCAGCACCUGAUCCACACGACCACAGACUUCUUUAACCGGGAGCUCCUGCUGGGCUACGUUGAGGACUUUACGCUAGCGGACUUGGUCGACGUGCCCAUAUCCACCGUCUGGCGUGCGGCCGCUUCGGCAGGUUUCGACACACUGGGAUAUCCAGGCCAUGCGAUUGUUACCUGGGGCCAGACCAGUCGUGAGAAGGAGCUACUCACCAUUAAAUGGCAGAAUACCGCGACAUCCCAGCGGAAUAUCUUUCUCAGCAACGGCCAGGUUAUGAUCGUAACCGAAUAUCACAAGACCCGCCGCCGGACCGUCCGUACCCACCCCCCGUUGCUCGAUUUCUUCCCUCCGCGGUGGGCCGGCUGCUUCACCCCGGAGUCCCGGGCCCGUCGGGAGGCCAAGCAUGAUUGCUACUUCUUUGUUAUUCCUUCCUCGCCGGUUUCCCCGCCGCCCCGCAAGUUGACACAUCUUCUACGCCAGUCGACUCCGUUUUUUAACAGUGCCUAUCUAACCACCCUAAGUUAUCGCCAUCUGUCUAUCGCCAUUGCCAAGAAACAUCUCCGCCCCCAGAUGACUGGAUCUGACCUGCAGUCCGCCGAGACAGUCCUCCAUAAUAUCCUUGCCGCCCAGGCCGGUCAUCAUUCCCAUAUCAAUAAUCAGAUCUACGCGGUUGAGGACACGUAUCCAUUAGGUCUCCUUCCCAGUCGCCAAGAAGCAUUCCAGCGCGCGUCGGCCCAGUGGCACCGGUUUAUUCUUUCUCCGGUGACCACUCACCAUGUCCAGGAAACCACGACCCCUCGUCAUCUGGCAGAGGUUAACUCUGAUAACAGUUUUGCCGUCGAUGUCGGUAUGCUGUGCGACCCGAUGAAGUAG